ACAGCAUAGCCCAGCGAUUAGAAUUGAUUAGAAUGACGCCGAAAUCAAUUAGCUAAAAAAACGAGCACACGCGGGAAAAAUUCAAUCAAUUUUCCCAAAAAUCGACAGCUGCUGAUAAACAAGAAAUUAUGUAGAUGCGUGUCAGAUGGCAAUGGGACACCGCCUCAAAGUGAAGGCGAGUCCAGUGGCUUUUGAGGUGCCUAGGUUAUGUGGAGCUUCUGCGAAGUCGAUUUUAUGGGUUCUGAGAAACGAGCCUAUGUUUUCGCAUCAUCCAUCAGCUUCCAUCAGUAUCAUUUCGAUUCUUCCGCGAUGAAGUACGCAGGGACUUUGAUUCUGGUCCUAGCGGCAUGCCACGUUGUUGGAGCCCUGCGAUUUCUCGAACGUCGUUGCACCUCAAAGUCGCGACACCGUCGCCGACUUAUAGGAGGAGUUGAUGCCAAACUAUUUUCGACACCAUGGAUGGCAUAUCUGCAUCGAAAUGGGGAUUUUAUUUGCGGCGGAUCCCUCAUCACCUAUCGCUUCGUUCUCACUGCUGCGCAUUGUAGAAAGUUGGACGAGCAAAUAGUGGUGCGACUGGGCGAAUACGAUGUCGAUACACAGAUAGAUUGCAGAGAUCGAGGAUGCGCACUUCCCUUUGAAGACCAUGAAGUCGAGUCCUUUUAUUCGCAUCCCUCCUACACGACGAUCAAGCACUUCGAUAUAGCUCUCGUUAAACUCAAGACGAGGGUGGUAGAGCAAAACAACAUCACACCGAUCUGUCUGCUGUUGGACACCACGGACACAUGGCAGCGUUAUGUAGAUUCCAUUCAACAGUUUUCUGUGGCAGGCUGGGGCUGGACCAAAACGGAUUCGCUUAGCCACGUUCUCCAGACGGCGAAUGUCACGAAGGUUGACGAGUUCACCUGCAUUGGUGAUUUUGGUUUUGAAGUCGAUCAGAGUCACAUCUGUGCCGGGGAUCCCGCUCGCCAUACGUGCAACGGAGACUCUGGCGGCCCAUUGUUUGCAACAAUAAGCGAAGAUUUGGUGGACUACAACGUUCAGUUUGGGAUUGUCAGCUACGGAGAGAACCCUUGCAAAGGCGUGGGUGUAUUCACGAAUGUUAAAAGCUAUAUUCCAUGGAUCGAACACACCAUAAACAGGGCAAACACUGUAGCAUAAGAAAUAUAUUGAUGUUACAUUUUGGCAGUGAAAUAUAUCAACUACAGAUGCAUGCUUGUCUGCUAGGCAUCGUAUGUGAACAGGAUGAGCCA